CUCUUUUAUUUGACCCUGUUUAUCCCGUGUCCCCCUUCCUCGUGGGCCCUGACAUAUAAAAGCCUGGGUCGUGACUACCCCACAACGCUUCGGUGUGCAGAAAAAAAAAUACCUGUAGUCAUGUUUGCAAAGUCUCUCGCCGUCGUCGUCGCCGCCUCUGUACUGGCUGUCCAGGCCCAGACCACCACUGCCUCUGCUGCUGCCUCGACGCCUUCGUUGAGUGCGUGUCUCCUCAACUGCGUUACCACCGCUGCUUCCAGCGCAGGCUGCUCUAGCUUUACCGACUUGAAUUGCGUCUGCACGUCCAGUACUUUCCAGUCCGACGCCGCCACAUGCUUGACUGCGAACUGUACCACUGCCGAUAUCCAGGCCGCACAGGCUCUUGAGCAAGAGGAGUGCGCGUCCAUCACCGGGAGUGGAAGUGCGACUGCAACUGCGACUGGCACUGCGACAGCUUCAAGCGCAUCUACCACGUCUCCCUCCAAGACGUCGACCAGCACUUCGAGCACCAGCACAGCUACCCAUACCAACGCUGCAGCCGGCCUCGCGCCCUUCGCUUCCGAAGGCUUCUUCGGCGCGAUUGUCGCUUCUGCUGGCGCCCUCCUUGGUGCUGUCUUGGUUCUUUGAGGAUAAAUAAACGCCCGUACCUUCUUGGCAGCACACUUCCAUGACACGCUGGCGUUGCUUUGACCCUGUUCCUUGCGGCUGUCAUAUGACACGGUGCUGCUUGUUCCUUUUACUCUGGGAUAAUUGUUGAACAUUGAGUGCUUUCGUAAAAUAACGUUUUACAUAUUACGACCAAUGAAUGUCUAUUCGUGCUGUUCCGAAGGGAACAAUACUAUUUUGGCUUAUGAUCCACUUGCUGUCGCUACGAAGGUGCGCGUGAUUUGAUGGUCCGUACAUAAAAAUGUUCUUCCCGAACUUUUGUCAUGUUGAUCAAACCUAAUAAGGUCUCAGGUGACAUUACAGUAUUUCUGUUCCUUAGGCUCAAUCUGCCUGAAAGAAGUGCCACUAUUCAG